AUGACUACUAGGAAAUCAGGAUUACAAGCUGUUCUUGUUUUACUUGUUGGUGCUGGAGGUAUUGGUUGUGAAUUAUUAAAAGAUUUGAUCUUAUUAGGAUAUGGUGAAGUUCAUGUUGUUGAUUUGGAUACAAUUGAUCUAAGUAAUUUAAAUCGUCAAUUUCUUUUCCGUCAAAAAGAUAUCAAGAAACCAAAAGCUUCAACUGCUGUUAAUGCAGUGGAAAGUUUUAAUUUCCAAAAAACUAAAUUAAUCCCAUAUCAAAGUUCAAUUUAUGAUACUGAUUUAUUCCCAUUAUCUUGGUUUAAACAAUUUGAUAUCAUUUUCAAUGCUUUAGAUAAUAUUGCUGCAAGAUCUUAUAUUAAUAAAAUUGGUUUAUUUUUAAAUAAGAGAAUUAUGGAAAGUGGUACCACUGGUACUCAGGGUCAAGCUCAACCUACAUUCCCAAAUAAAACUGAAUGUUAUGAUUGUGUUCAUCGUGAAACUCCAAAAACUUUCCCAGUUUGUACAAUUAGAUCAACUCCAUCACAACCAAUUCAUUGUAUUCAUUGGGCAAAAUCUUUUUUAUUUAAUUCAUUAUUUGCAGAAGAUGAAAUUUCUUCAAUUGAUGAAAAUUCUGAAAAUCAAAAUUUAGGUACAGAUAAUAAAGACGAAAUUAAAAAUUUAAUUAAUGAAAAUAAUGAAUUAAAUGAUUUGAAAAAAUCUAUCCUUAAUGAAAAUUUUACUAAUAAAGUUAUUGAAAAAAUUUUCCAAAAAGAUAUUGAAAAAUUAUUAUUAAUUACAAGUCUUUGGAAAUCAAGAACUCCACCAAUCCCAUUAAAUGUUUCACAAAUUGAUUUAUCAAAAGCUGGAGAUUUAGGAACGGGACAAAAUCAAUGGACAAUUGAACAAAAUUUAAAAGUUUUCAUCCAAUCAACUAAAAAUUUACAACAAAGAGUUAAAUCAGGUGAAAAGGAAAUUGAAUUUGAUAAAGAUGAUGAAGAUACAUUAGAAUUUGUUGCCUCAGCUGCAAAUUUAAGAUCUUUUAUAUUUGGUAUCCCAUUAAAAUCAAAAUUUGAUAUUAAAUCCAUUGCAGGUAAUAUAAUACCAGCAAUUGCAACAACAAAUGCUAUAAUUGCUGGAUUUUCAGCAUUAUUAUCAAUUAAAUUAUUUAAUAAUGACAUCGGGACACAAAUUGAAGAAUCAAAAUCUGUUUAUACAUCACAAGGGAAUUCAAAAUUUGUUUCACCUUCAUGGUUAACUGACCCAAAUCCAAAUUGUGCAUCAUGUUCAAUACCUCGUGGUAUUAUUAAUAUAGAUAAUGAAAAAACUUUCCAAGAUUUGAUUACCGCAUUAGUUGAUAAAUAUGGAUAUGAAGAUGAAGAAAUUUCAAUAAGUCUUGGAUCAAAAUUAUUAUAUGAUCCAGAUUUUGAUGAUAAUAAAGAAAGAAAAUUAUUGGAAUUAGGUAUUAAAUAUGGUGAACAUUUAAGUAUUUCUGAUGAAACUGAUGUUAAGAAAACUAUUGAUUUUUAUGUUGAAUUAAACCAAGAUGGUGAAAUUAAUUUACCAGAUUUAGAAAUUCCAAAUAAACCAAAAGUUGAAGAACAAAAAGAUGAAAAUAAAGAGGAUGAAGAUGAAGAUGAUGAUUUUGAAUUACUUGAUGAUAAUAAUGAUGAUGUUUUAAUCAUUGAACCUGUUGAACCUGUGGAGAAGAGAAAAAUUGAUUCAAAAUCUAGUGAUGAACAUCUUGAUAAAAAACAAAAAAUUUAA